AUGAUCUACGGACUUUUAUACGGAAUAGGCGCAUUGGUUGCAGUCGCCUACGCCGUGGAAUAUGUCUUGACUCUAAGAGAUGAUUCUACUGAGCCACCCCGUUUACGAUCAAAGGUACCUUUGAUAGGGCAUAUACUUGGAAUCAUUACCAGUGGUCCUUCAUAUCACAGUCAAUUAAAGACUGCUCCCAACACGGAAAUCUUCAGUCUAGGCAUCUUCAACUUCAAACUCUACACAAGUGUUUCAACUCGACUUUUACCGGCCAUUCAAAGGCAGUCAAAGACAUUAUCCUUUCGGCCUAUGAUCCAACAUGUAGCUCGCAGAUGGGGCGAUGCCAGCGACGAGACGAAUGAGAUUUUCGGUGGCCCGACUCUUGUAACCGAUUUCAGCCAUGCGAUGAAAUUGAGUCUCGCCCCUGGACCGCAUCUUGAUGAACAAAACGAAAGGAUGGGGCUGAGGGCGCUAGUCGACAUUGAAGAGCUGUUUGGCACUUCACGUAAAGACCCACAAGGCGGUACCGUUAGAUUCUUGGAAUGGUCUAGGCAUGCAGUAGUUCAGGCAUCUAGCUGUGGAGUCUAUGGAACCUCACACCCAUUUCUUGACACCGAGGUUGAGAAAUCAUUUUGGAAAUGGCACGCCCACCUCUCCGCUCACAUCUCGGGAUUGGAUUUCGACAUCUUGCGGACUGGAUACGCGGCUCGGCAAAAAGUGUUUGAUGCACAUACCAAGUACUGCAACGAUAUUCCACCGGAUGCAUCGCUACUUUUUAGAGAGCGAUGGCGGGUCUUGCGCGAAUCUGGAGUUUUUGAAAGUGAUUGUGUGAAGCAGCAAGCCACGCUUCCUAUCGGUAUGUUGAGUAAUACAGUACCAACUUUUUACUGGACUGUUUGGGAAUUAUUUUCUCGCGAUACGGUCCUCGCAGAAGUAAGAGAGGAGCUAAGCGCAAAUGCGGUGACCAAAGAAGACGACGGAUACGCACUCGAUCUCGCAGCCCUGAAAUCCAAAUGUCCCCUGCUCUUAUCGGUAUUCCAAGAGACCCAGCGAGUCCGACAUAUUCACGCCGCAAUCCGCAAAGUAAUGAAAGACACUCUACUGGACGGCAAGUACCUUCUCAAAGCAGGGAACUACCUGCAAAUGCCCGGCGCUUCUAUCCACCACAACACGCAAAUCUGGGGACCAUCAGCCAAGCAAUUCGAUCCCUAUCGCUUCGUCCCAUCAGGGAAGGCCGUUAAACAUGGCGGCAGUGAUUUUCUCGCCUGGGGCGCUCCCCCACAUCUCUGUCCCGCAAGGCAGUUUGCGGCGACAGAAAUCCUGAUCCUGGUCGCGCUUCUAGCUUUACGAGCAGAUCUGCAGCCAAUCAGCGGUCGCUGGGAGACGGACCCGAAACUCGAUUUCAAUGAUCCCGUUACGGUGUUGAAUCCGAAAGUGGAUGUGCCAUUUAGCGUGAGGGAAAGGGAAGAGUGGGCUGGGAAGACGUGGAGGUUGUGUAUGUCGGAGAGCAAGAUUCGUGUCCCGCUUGCGUCUGGAUAA